UGCUUGUCCAAACAACGUGUAAUAUCCAUUUCCUGUUUUAAUGUCAAAAUGUCUUUUUAAAGUCGAUUCAAACGUGAUCAAAAUAUGAUUGUCAGUAUUUUUUUUUCUUUCGGGUUAUUCCGUUUGGUUUAAUGUUAACUGCCAUGUCGGAGAUGGGCAGCAGUAGUGAAGUAAAAGCUAAGAGUUAUUUACAAGAGCUGGCUAUACAAACUGGGAAAACAACUUGGAGUGACGUGAAGGAAAAAGAACAAAUGAAACGCUGACUGACAUGUUAACAUGAUGUUAGAAGUUAUAAGACGGCCGUGACGCCUUUAUUUGACGAGAAAGGAAGUUUUAUUUUGGCGACCGGAAGUGCUUGUCCAAGCUGGCAGCAUCAGACGUCAGCUGACAGCAGCGAGUGACACCUGUCCGAGUGACACCUGUCCGAGUGCCGAUCAAGUGGCCAUCACCGGGGACGUCUCCGACCUCUUUCUCCCGGCUUAGGGCUUCGAAGGCGGCCCUCGGAGCCAGCCAGCCCCGGCAUGGCGGCCGACAUGGAGCCGCGAGCGCAGGUUCGGAAGCCAUGUUUGCUGAGCAAGAUCGACGCUUUCCAAGAUGUGGUGAGCGCGGCGGUCAUCAUCCCCAAAGAAGAUGGCGUCAUCAGCGUGUCUGAGGACAGGACCAUCCGUGUUUGGUUGAAGCGGGACAGCGGUCAGUACUGGCCCAGUGUCUACCACACCAUGCCAUCCACGUGCUCCUGCAUGACCUUUAACCCCGAGACCAGGAGGCUGCUGGUGGGCAUGGACACUGGCAGCGUGUGCGAGUUUGUCCUGGCAGAGGACUACAACAAGAUGGUGGCCACACACACCUACCAGGCCCACCAGGGUAAAGUGACGGUGGUGCUGUUGGUGCUGGAGAUGGAGUGGCUCCUCAGUGCGGGUCAAGACAAGAAACUCACCUGGCACUGUUCUGAGAGCAGCCAGCAGCUGGGGGAAUACCACACUGCAUCAUGGGUAACUGCUAUACAAUUUGACGUGGAGACAAGACACUCCUUUGUGGGCGACCAUUCGGGUCAGGUGACCAUCUUGAAGCUAGACCAGGACACCUGCAGCCUGGUCACCACCUUUAAGGGUCACACAGGUCACGUGACAGCACUGUGCUGGGACCCCUCCCAGAGAGUGUUGUUCUCAGGCAGUUCAGACCAGUCCAUCAUCAUGUGGGACAUAGGAGGACACAAAGGCACCGCCAUCGAGCUGCAGGGACACAGUGACAAGGUGCAGGGAUUGUGUUACGCCUCACACACUCGCCAGUUGAUGUCGUGCAGUGCAGAUGGAGCCAUGGUCAUCUGGAACAUGGACGUCUGCAGACAGGAGACUCCAGAGUGGCAGGACAGUGACUCAUGUCAGAAAUGUGAGCAGCCAUUCUUCUGGAACUUCAAGCAGAUGUGGGACAGCAAGAAGAUCGGUUUACGACAGCACCACUGCAGGAAGUGCGGGCAGGCGGUGUGCAACAGGUGUUCCUCCAAGCGCUCCACCAUCCCGCUGAUGGGCUUUGAGUUCCAGGUGCGCGUGUGUGACAGCUGCCACGCCUCCAUCAGCGAGCAGGACCGCGCCCCCACCGCCACCUUCCACAGCAGCCAGCAUGGUGUGCUGCACAUGCACUACGAGCCCACUGGAGGGUGUCUGCUCACCUGUGGCACCGACAAGAUCAUCAAGCUGUGGGACAUGACCCCCGUCGUGUCCUGAGGUCACACCCACAAGCUCCUCCCACACGCCGCCAAGAGUCCAGCUGGACGGGGGGCGGAGCCACAGGGAUAGUGGACGGACUGUGAGUGAAACUGCUGUGUGUGUGUGAGUGUGAGUGUGAGUGUGAGUGUGAGUGUGUGUGUGUGUGUGUGUGUGUGUGUGUGUGUGUGAGCGUGUGUCUGUGUGUGUGUCUGUGUGUGUGUGUGAGUGUGAGUGUGAGUGUGUGUGUGUGUGUGUGUGUGUGUGUGUGUGCAUGUGUCUGUGUCUGUGUCUGUGUCUGUGUGUGAGUGUGUGUGUGUGUGUGUGUGUGAGUGUGAGUGUGAGUGUGUGUGUGUGUGUGUGUGUGUGUGUGUGUGUGUGUGUGUGUGCAUGUGUCUGUGUCUGUGUCUGUGUGUGAGUGUGUGUGUGUGUGUGUGAGUGUGUGUGUGUCAUGGUUAGCACAUGAAAAGACCUGGUU